UGGUGACUGUGUGGUUGUGGGUUUUCUAGAGGUUGAAGGAGACAAUAAUGGCUUGCUUACCUCUUGAAAUCAUCGAGAACAACUCUUGAGAUUACCAGUCAAGUCUCUGCUCUAUUGCAAGUGCGUUUGCAAAGCUUGGUACGCGAUGAUUUCUCAUCCACAGUUUGCUAAAGCCCACCUCCAAUUACCACAAACACAAGCGAAAACUCGAUUAUGUAUCAUCAACUUUGAAGAGGAAAAAGAUGAUGCUUCACUGGUGGUCCGAGUCUCCACUAAAGAUUGGGAAUCAAUUGGUGAUGGUAACGGCAAUGGUGGGUUACUGGAUUUUGAUUAUUCACUGAGCGAUGUAAAUCUCAAACACUCUGUCCAUCUUUUGAAUUCUUGUGAUGGGUUGUUAUGUCUAGUUGACAGUUUGGGUAAAAUUGUCUUGUGGAACCCAUCUACCAGGCAAUACAAUCCAUUACCACCAAAUGCUAAUGGUCCAAAAUGUAGUUGGUAUGGAUUUGGGUAUGACUCCUCUACCGAUGACUACAAGAUAGUAGGGGUUUCUCGCUUAGGUUUUGAGACAGUGGUAGAUGUUUUCUCAUUGAAAUCCCACAAGUGGAGAAGAAUUGAGAAAAAACUUCAUACUGAAUUUAAAUGCUCGUGGAGGAACACUGUUUUACAUGGGGCUGUGCAUUGGAUAGCUUAUGAUCUAGAUGUCCCUGAUCCAACAGUAGUGGCUUUUGAUUUUGAAAAAGAGGAGUUCCGGCAGAUGACAAUUCCAAGGGAUGAAUCUUCUCGUAUGUUGACUGUGAUAGGAGGAUGCCUUUGUACACCUUCUGGUAGAGAUUCAAGUAAGAUGUGGGUAAUGAAAGAGUAUGGUGUUGAGGCAUCUUGGACGAGGAUGGAUUCCCCAUAUUUGGAUGAAAAUUUCAAGUGCCAACCUCUGAAUAAUCAAGUUAAGUUGUGGGUCAAUGAGGAGCCACUUGUAGUUCUGUUUGAUGUGCUCGAUAAGCGAUGCAUGAAAAAUGCUGCCAACUUGUAUGUGGAAAGUCUAGUUCCACCUUAUGCGUCACAGAAUGAAUGAUAAGUGAAUGUGUGGUUAUGGGUUUUAUGAGGCUGAAGAAGACUACAAUGACAUACUUACCUCUUCACAUCAUCGACAACAUACUCUUGAGAUUACCAGUCAAGUCUCUGCUCUGGCUCAGGUGCGUCUGCAAAGCUAGGUGCACGUUAAUUUCUCAUCCACAAUUCGCUAAAACCCACCUCCAACUGCCACAAACACAAGCCAAAACUCGAUUAUGUAUCAUAAAUUUUGAAGAAGAAAAAGAUAAUCCUUUUAUGGUAGUCCGGCUAUCCAUUAAAGAUUGGGAAUCAAUUGGUGAUGGUAAUGGUGGCUUAUUGGGUUUUGAUUAUUCACUCUGUGAUGUAAAUCUCCUAUAUCCUUUCCAUCUUUUGAAUUCUUGUGAUGGGUUAUUAUGUCUA